AAAAAAAUGUAGGGAGUUGUUUGUUACGCUUGUUACGUACUUAAACAGUAAAUACGUAUUUUUUCUACUAUUUUAGUAAUAAUUCAAAUUGCAGAAGCAAUUCGGACCCUACGCGAUGAGAAUCACUAAUUACAUAAUCACUACUGUCAAGGCCUUUUUGGAGGUCACCGUUUCAUUAUUACAUAAUAGUGCUCUGUUUAGUUUUAAUUCGAAAAAAUCUAUUUUAUGUUCAUCAAUGUAGUAGUGUUUACGUGGAAUUCUUGUAUCAGAAUUUUACGUUAUCUCAUUCAUUUAGUCACAAUUCUCCUUCCUUGUUUACUUGACCUCUUGCUCCCACUGGUGGGAUGGGCAACAAAUAUUUCAACCAGUUUUUAUUUUUAAUUCAAUGCAGUCGCGCCAUCCAAGGCUGAAUUCCCAUCGAAGUGGUGCAAGUUUUGAAAAAAAGAAAUAAAAUACACUUUUGAUUUUGCCAGAAAUUUGUUUAUUUAGAUUCCCGAAAUGUCGCAGUGUCGCAUUUGUUUAGAGAAUUACUCAGGGACGUAUUAUGCCGGGUCUGAAAUUAGGGGCCGGAUUGAGUGCUAUUUUGAUGAUGAGACUACAGUUAGAGGGAUUAAAAUUGAAAUUAAAUGUAAAGAACAUAAUGAAUGGACUGGGACAGAGGAGUAUAGGGACCCAACAGACAAUUCAACUAAAACGAGACAUAUUACUUUAACUGGGGAUCAUGAUGUGUUUCAUAUUAAACAGAUGUUGUUUGGGUCUGAAUCUGGGAGUCGGGAGGUGUCAAGAGGGCAUCAUGUGUACCCCUUUUCGUAUCAUUUGCCCUAUGAUAUUCCUUCAAGCUAUCACGGGCCCCAUGGCUCUAUCAUUUAUAAAAUAAAGGCGGUAGUUGAUAGACCCAUGAGGACUGAUUAUGAGGAUAAGUUUAUUUUUAAUGUUGUAUCUCCAAUUGAUUUUAAUAGGAUGUCAAAGGACUUACAAGAAACAACCUCAUACUCUGACGACAAAACUGUAUGUUGCUGGUGUUGUCAAGGUGGCGUUGUUACAGUGGAAUUAGAAUUACCAAAAAUUGCUUUCACCCCUGGUGAAACCAUUCCGUUUAAAGUUAACAUAACUAAUUUGUCCAACACAAAUGUAGACAACAUAAAAAUAAAACUACGAAAAACUGUUACAUUUAGGGUAACAGACCCCCAGAGUGAGACAAAAGUAGACGUUGAUGAUAUUUUAUCAUUUGGAGAACACGGUGUGGGGGCACACGGCGAACACACCUACAACCUCACUCUUGCAAUUCCUCCCGGUCUCGAAGUCCCCAAUUUCACCAAAUGCAAUUUAUUCAAAGUUGAAUACUUGUUAAAAGUGACCGCUGAAAUGGACUCUUGUACCAUGGAUCUGGACGUGGAAGCGUGGGACAUCCAAUUGGGGCACGUCCAGUACACGGGUACCAACCCUCCACCUAGCGCUUACCCUCCAACUAACUCUUACCCUCCAUCGUCUGGUGUGGCAUACCCGCCCCCGCUUGCCGGAGUAUACCCACCUCCAAGUGGGGGGUAUCCUCCAGCAGGUUUUUAUCCUCCCCCUGCUGUACCUGCCCCCUACUCUCCAGGUUUUGCUUCAAAUGGCCAGGAAAAGACAGCUCUGAUGGGACCCCCUUCUGCCCCCAUGGAUGACAACCCCAAGGCUAGGGAAGCAGCAAUGGGUGGUCCGUCAGCUCCCAGUAACGUACCCGAUGCCCCACCUCCAACGUACAGCGAAGUGCAACAAGCCUCAAACUUACCCUACCCAGCCUACCCUCCCAAAUAAUUGUGUAGUUUGCAGAAAAUAGAUUUAUUUAUGUUUUUAAGGAUUCUAUUGAUGACCAGUGUUAGGCGGCUGGGAUUUGGUUUCUCCCAAUCGCCUCGCACCACGUGUAGCAUUGCUAGGUAGUGGGGGUAAAUAAAUCCCAACCGCCUAACACUAUAGAUAAGAAUAGGGGGCAACUAUUGUUGAUUAUGAUGAUUUGUCUAGACCUAGUGCUCUUACAAAGUGAUCCUUAUCUUCGAUUUUGUUAAAUAAUAAUCAGACGAAUAAGUUUUUUGACAAUUUAGUCGUCGCGUGAUUUUUACUGUGUGUUUACUUGAAGUAUUUCAAACAAAGAAAAUUGACUGUUUCAAUAUAUUUUAUUUUAGAGUGUGAUUUUCACUCCGUGGCACAUGAAAAUGAUAAAGAAAUAUUCUGUAUUUUGUGCAGUUUAGAUAUUGCUUUUAUAAAUAAUUAUAUAUUGUGCCAUUUUAGAUUGGUUGAAUAUUCAGGGUCAAAUUUUGUGUUUUAUCAUGCGUUUUGCUGUAUCUUGUUGAAAAUUUUUGUGCAUAUUGGAAGAGGUAUAAUAUGUUUAUAUAGGCUUUUGCCAGUUUAUUUAUGAUAUUAGAGGAAGUGUAUUUACAGUAUGUUUUUAUAAUCCACUUUUAUAUUUGUUUUUAUACGUGAGCUGAAAUAAAUAAGCUUUUGCAUCUA